AUGUCGCAGUGGGCGGCACUGUUAGAGGCCAAUAAGGAAAAUAUCCCGUUUGCUUUGGGUAUAAAUCCGAGUAAGUCCACAACAGAAAUUGGUGAAGUGACAACUGAAGGAGCUGUGAAUGUGCCUAAAGCCUCGAGAAAGUCGACUCCACUGAGCACCAUGGAUGAAGAAGAGUCAGCCGGCUCUUCGCAUGUAUUCGUGAUGCCGAUGUCUUCCGCACAUGAGCCACAUGAUGACUUGGAUGACAAUGAGGACAACGAGAUAACAUCACGAAAGGAGAAAAGUCUUGGACUUUUGUGCCAAAGAUUCCUCGUUGCUAUGAAUGAAGAGACGCGAUCGAGUCUGACGAGCGAAGUGCAUCUGGAAACAGUAGCAAGGAAAAUGAGUGUUGAAAAGCGGCGGAUAUAUGAUAUCGUAAACGUCAUGGAAGCAUUAGAUGCAAUGAGUAAAACAAAUAAAUCUUACUAUUGCUGGCAUGGCUUGGAAGGAUUGCCGAAACUCAUGGCUGAUUUGCAGAAGGAAGCAGUAGAAGAGCGACUACCCGAACGUGUAUUGCGAGUUGAGCAAGCGAUGUGCUCUUUUACGGAAUUGUCACCUGGAAGUCGCAAAUCCGGCAUGAAGGACGUAGUUGGUACACUGAUCGGUGAUGAAGGAUCCUUGUCUCAAAGUCCAACUGAUAACCUAUGCCAGUCUGUUCACGGUAGUGAGAAACGAUCUCGAGUUGAUGGCAGAGAUCGACAGGGAAGAAACUCAUUAGCACAAUUAUGCAGGCGAUUCUUAAUGGUGCUCUUGAGCAAUCCCAAAAACACCAGAAGAGUGAGCCUGGAUGUGGCCAGUACAGUCUUAAUCAAAGAUCCUGAUACAGAAGGUUUUGAGCCUCCCAGUCGAAGUCGAUGUCGUAGACUUUACGACAUAGCCAAUGUUCUAGUCGCCUUGGGAUUGAUUAAGAAAGUUCAUUAUCUUUUUGGAACGAAGAAAAUCCCACUAUUUGUCUACUGUGGCCCGGAGCCAGAUGAAAAUUCCAAGUUUGACGUCAACGCUUGUAUCGAGCGAUUGUCAGCGACUACUUGUUCUACGCCAUCCACCCCACUGAUGAAGAUGACUGCAUCAACGCAUCAGUCCACAUCAUUGGGGAAACGAAGCAGCUCUGAAGCCAAUAUCCGUUCGUCGGUUUCACAGAAACUUCCUCGGUUGAAGUCAGAGGACUUUGUAGCGCAAGCAUCUUCGUCACUGAUGAUGUUCGCUGAGCUGGCAGCUGAGCGCCUUCGUCAAGAGACAGAAUUUCGUUUGGGAAAUAGGCAGAGUGCCGAAAUGAAUGCUUCAUCAAUGGCGAAGACCUCCUACAGUGGAGCGGAAUCGAAUCGUGGAUACGCUUUACCUAGACCACAGGCUCAACGUUCAUAUGGCAACUUCUCCACAUCUCCCAUGGAUUCGCCAUUAGCAAAUGCUAACAAAUACGCCAUGAAAUUUGGAAACAACUAUCAAAUGCCAACGAUGCCAAUGAGAGGACUUCAGCAAAUGACUCUACCAACUACGCCGGUCUGGACACCUGUACCAAUGCCUAAUUUUAUGCGGAUUCCUCCAGAAAUGGCUCGUAGCAGUUGUCCUUUGAUUCCACGUCCUGUAAGGAAAGUUCCUGUGGAACAGAAUGAGGUACCAGGGAAGCUGUCAAGUGUAAAACACACUGUUACGAACAUUCUUGGAGUGUCAAACAAAGUGAACAUCGAUCCUUUGAAUCAUAGAAACUCUUCACCCUUCCAAGUGGUGAAAAAACCUCAGAAGCAACCUUUUGGAUCACUCCACAACAUUCCAAACAGUCAUUAG